UUCGUGCGUGAUACUGUGACUUCCUGCGACAUCUUAAACCACCCCUGGCAAAAUCUUAUCAUUAGAAUGCAGCUAACAGGGAUGGUGGUCUACAUUGCUCUUUUUCUGAUCGUUGCAGUCACGGCAAACAACGUCGGUUACUUUUGGCAUAUCACUGACAUUCACUGGGACCCAAAAUAUGACACCAAAGAAAACAAUUGUAUACGUGGCGGGAGGGAAGUGCCUGUGGGGAGAUACGGGGACCACAACUGUGAUGCACCAUGGUCCUUGGUGGAGUCAGCUGUUCAUACGGUGAACUCCGCACUAGGAGACGAUGUGGAGUUUAUACUAUGGACUGGUGACGGCCUAACCUCUAACCGAGGUCUAGACAAGAUGGCGGCGCUGACCAACCUGACUAACCUCCUAAGUCAUAAGUUCACUUCCCACUUCGUGUUCCCUGUACUGGGCCAUGACGACCCUGAAGCUAACAACACUUCUACCCAAGAACCUUACCAGGAGUUGGCAAGUCUUUGGCAGCAUUGGCUCCCGGAGGAGGCUUUGGUUACCUUCAAAACUGGAGGUUACUACUCCAUAGAAAGAAAACAGAGGAAGCUGCGUAUAGUUGCUCUCAACACUAACCUCUGCACGGACUCUGUUGAAGGCGUGGAUCCCUCAGGCCAGUGGGCAUGGUUGGAGGACCUCCUCUCCAAGUCCAGGAAGAAGAAUGAAACGGUGUACUUGGUUGGCCACAUAGGUCCAGGUGUUGAUGAAAGGGUAGGAGGGCUUCCCAGACCUCACAUGUCCGUUCAACAUAGUGAUAAAUAUCUGUCACUUGUACGACGAUAUUCGGACAUUAUCACUGGGCAGUUCUUCGGACACUUGCAUUCGGACACGUUCAGAAUCGUGUACAGCGAUGAAGGCGUUCCAGUUUCUCGAAUAUUCUUCGCCCCCUCCUUGACUCCUAGGAGGUCUUCUUCAGGAUACAAUAAUCCCGGAGUCAGGAAGUACAAGAUAGAAAUAGACACCGGACAGGUACUUGACUACUCCCAGUAUUUCCUGGACCUGACAGAAGCUAAUCAGUUACACGUCCAGAGAACAUCUUCAGCUGAUGACGAAGAGGAAACGGAAAUCGAAGGACCUGAGUGGACUGUCCUCUACAAUUUGACCGAUUAUUACGGACUGAGGCAAAGUUCUGCUUUGCAGUUACAUGAGCUAGCUGAAGCUUUUAACACCCCCGAUGGUCUUCCAUUGUUCGUUAGGUACUUGCAGGCCAACUCCGUGUACAGAUCCACUGGUCCCACUGCCACUCAUACUGCCCAUUCCCACUACUGUGCUCUGACUCGCCUAGAGUACUCCGAGUACCAAAAUUGUCUAUCCACGGCCGCCGCCCCACUGGCAGCCACUACCAGCGCCCCCACAGUCCCCAAUAGCCCAGCUGCCACAGUGGCCCCCACCAUGUUAAUGUUAUUUACCACCCUCACCCCCCUAGUCUACAGGUGACGUCACCACA